CCAUUAAUAUAGCACACCUUGAGAGAACUUUUAUUUGAGAUUAUUAACUCUAUCGAACAUUGAUAUAUAUAUAUAUAUAAUAGUUGUACUAAUUAAGUACGUAGUUGAUUACUGGUCAUUAUUAUUGUCUUUUUGAUCUUCUCUUCUUCUUGGGGUUUGUUUUGGUAACAGUUUAGAAAAUAAACUUAGAGAAAUUAUUAUAGGGUUUGAUGGCUAUGGCUAUGGGUAUAGAGGAACUUCCACCAGGGUUUAGAUUUCACCCAACAGACGAAGAACUCAUUACUUAUUAUUUAGGUCGAAAGAUCUCUGAUUCUGGUUUCACUCCCAAAGCUGUUGCUGUUGUUGAUCUUAAUAAGUGUGAACCUUGGGACCUCCCAGAGAAGGCGUCGAUGGGAGAGAAAGAAUGGUACUUUUUCAGCUUGAAAGACAGAAAAUACCCAACUGGACUUCGAACCAACCGAGCCACAGAAGCUGGUUAUUGGAAAACCACUGGCAAGGAUAAGGAAAUCCUUCGUUCUGGUGUGCUUGUUGGCAUGAAGAAAACCCUAGUUUUCUACAAGGGUAGGGCUCCAAGGGGUGAGAAGAGCAACUGGGUUAUGCAUGAAUACAGGCUUCAAAACAACCACCCUUUCAACCACCCAAACAAGGAAGAGUGGGUGGUUUGCAGGGUUUUCCAGAAGAGCAGUGGGCUGAAAAAGCCACAGCAAACACCAUCCUCACACGAGCCAUCUAUCGAGUCUCCAUGUGAUGACACAAACUCCAUAGCAAACAAUAACGAGUUUGGAGACUUUGACAUCAUGCCUAAUCUCAACAUUAACAAUAAUCAUAGUAAUAAUCUCUCAACUCAACUAGGUUUCAUGAUGAACAGUGGUAGUUCUAAUAAUAAUCUCAUGAACAAUAAUAUGAUGAUGAACUUGAACAACAUGAACUAUUGGACUACUAAUAAUAGUACCACAGCCAAUGGUACUACUAGUACUAGCACUAGUAGUCCUCUUCUACCAUCUCUCUCUUCAUGGCAUAAUUCUAACUUGCUUAACCCAAAUCUCUCAAUGAACUCUUUCAUUCUCAAAGCAUUACAGCUUAGGAAUAGUGCUUCAAAUAACAUUGAUCAAAACUAUAACAACCCUUAUAUGCCACAACAACAAGGUAUUUCUCAUCAUCAUCAGUUUGGUUCAGAUAUUUUGGGUAGUACUGCCACUUCAAAUGGCUUCCACUUAGCUUCUUCUUCUUCUUCUUCAUUAUUAUCUAAGAUGAAUAAUAAUAAUAAUAACAGUAAUAUCAUCAUAGAUUCUACUUCUCAAGUACAGCAGCAGGAGCAACCAUUCAGCUUGGACUCCAUUGGUGAAGAUGAUGAUCAUCAUGUACUCUUUUGAAGUAGGUAAAAAAGAAGCUCUUAUUUCAUAUAAUGAAGCUAACUUAAUCAUGUAAACUAGUUAUUAUUAUUCCAUAAGGAUUAUUUGAUGAUGAUUAUAUUAGUCCUUUUAAAGUAUCUAUCUUUUGUAAGACUCAUAAUAUUGUUCAGUUGUAUGUAGUUGAUUAGAUAUAUGAAUGUUCAAAUAAAAGGGAGAAUCCCUAGCUAUAGUUAUUUUAUGUUUUCAUGUAUGAAUAUUAUUGUAUCUGUUUAUUAUAUAUAUAUAUAUAUAUAAAUAUAUAUAUAUGUUCCAUAUUUCAAGUUGGA